AUGACACAGCCGUAUAAACUGCUACAGAGACAACUACGAAGACUCCCAUUACCGCGGGGCAUCAUUGCAGAAGGCUCCCAAGUAUUGAAACAACAUUAUCGACUUGGCAAAAGUAAAAGGUUCGAAAUAAUAUUUCAGCAAAUUUUGGAACAAGAAAAGUACAAAUCCAUACAUGAGGUUCUCGAUGCAAUAUACAAAGUAGACAAGCCACACUGGUAUAUGGAGUUCCUGAAUAUACCAUACAUGCGAGUAAAGGGACAUUGGCCAACAGCACAUCUUAUUGAUACACUAACUGAGGAUGUGAAAACAAGAGAUACGUACUACAAUAAGCUAGCUAAGCCAUUCUCGGUCACAGAGGCACUCAAGUUGAAACAAAGUAGCAAGUCGGUUCUUCGAUUACCAUUGAUUAGACAGUAUAGUGGCCAGGUAAACUCCGUCGUCAACAUGGUUAAAGAGGUGAGAAAGGCGUAUUUUUUCAUUAUGUCGCAAAGAGUAUUUGAAAUCACAAAACAUCCAUUUGAAGUGAUCUACCACCCCUCUAAACUUGGCGUCCCCGAGCACCCGGUUGGUAUUGACUCUUUAUUGAGAAAGAAAGUGAGUCAAGUCAAGCACGUGUUGGAGAUGUAUCAACCUAUCUUGAUCCGGCAAUUGACCAAAUUAAUGAAUGCAAGAGGUGAGAUCAACCCCAAUUUCUUUCGCCAUCUUCAACGGAAACGUGCUGAUGAUACAACUAGUUAUCAAGUGAGAAAAAUGAUAAUCAAGGAGAAGAUAUUGAGCGAGGAGCUGUUACAGGGCAUACUCGAAAGUUAUUUGCGACAACAAUAUUACCUUGAAAACGGAGAGUAUAAACUCAAUCAGAUGUGUAACCUGCACAAUCCAUAA